AUGAGCUCGCUCUUGACUACGGUGAACGCCCGCACGCGGAACCAGUUCCGGCCGCGCGCGCCCGGAAAGGGCGGCAGCACGAGCUACCAGCUGCGACAGUAUGCCGAGGCAACGCUGGGCGGCGGUAGUCUGCGCAAGGUGGUCAAGCUGCCCGAGGGCGAGGAUGAGAAUGAGUGGCUGGCGGUCAACAUGGUGGAUUUUUACAACCAGAUCAACCUCCUGUACGGGGCCAUCACCGAGUUUUGCUCGCCGCAGUCGUGCCCCGAGAUGAAAGCUACGGACGAGUUUGAGUAUCUUUGGCAGGACAGCGAGAACUAUAAGAAGCCGACCAAGAUGCCGGCGCCGGCAUACGUCGAGCAGCUGAUGGCCUGGGUGCAGGGCAACAUCGACAACGAGGCUGUGCUACCGAGCCGCAUCGGUGUGCCGUUUCCCAAGAACUUCCCGUCACUGAUGCGCCAGAUCUUCAAGCGCAUGUACCGCGUCUACGCCCACAUCUACUGCCACCACUACCCCGUCAUCCGCGAGCUCGGCCUGGAGCCGCAUCUCAACACGAGCUUCAAGCAGUACGUGCUCUUUAUCGACGAGCACCACCUGGCCAGCGGCAAGGACUUUUGGGGGCCGCUGGGCGAUUUGGUCGACAGCAUGCUGCGGAGCGACUGA